ACGAAGACACCAGUUUCUCACUCUUUCUGCAGCACUUAAAGAGAAAUUUUUAAGAGUAGAGAGAGGAAAAUUUCUAGUGAGAGAAAGCUCGGUGAUACACACAGAGAGAGAGAGAGAGAGAGAGAGAGAGAGAGAGAGAGAGAGAGACAUUGAUUGGGAACUGCUGUGGAUUUCGAAGCUUGAAGAAGAACUGAAAUUUCAGCUCAAAGGAGAGAGACACACACACACAAGAAAGUGGAAGGCCUUCAAUUGUGCCAUUACAAUACUCUCUCAGCUACGCAAUACAGUUUUCGCAGCCUCUUGAGAAGUCAUAAUUCUGUUGCUCAGAUCACGCCUCCCAACUCGCUACUGUGCUACUUACCUCGCUUUUCAUUGGCUGUGAUGCAUUUUGGUGACUGCACCUUUACUUUAAGCACUCACUACUGGUCAUGAUGUGAAGACAGUAACAUUGCCCCAGAUAAUAUAAAUUAGAUAAGAGCUGGCUUCAACUGCAUGCCUUGAAUGGCGACCUGUUUAUGUUUAUUUGAGGUCAUUAUGAUAGAAAACCGCACGUGAUAAUCCAAGUUUCGAUGCGAAAAAACUGUAACAUUACUACUCUACAAGAUUCUGUGGGUGGAUACCAGAGAAAACAUUUGACUGUGUCAUUAGGCGAAAACUUUGCACCACUGGCUUCAAGACCUGGUUUUUGCAGUGACACCUUGGAAGGCCAACCACUGAAUACGAAUGGCUAUAUGUUUGGAGGGCAAAAUUUCCAAGCAGAGCACUCUCAGCAAGCAUUCUUGGGUGAAAAUACUGGCCAUGAUCCUCAUUUCUUGAUGUUGAGAGGCUUAACUGUCCUAAAGUCACCUCAAGAAUAUGCACCAGUAGACAGUCCAACCCUGACAACUAAUUCUGAGAGGUCUGAAAUUACUGAAGCGUCAACUGACUUCAACUUCCUUGGAGGAUCACAGCAGCUCGUGAGGGGUCAACAACAAAUUGAUACUUCACAACUCCAAUCGAUGCAACAGUCUACAUAUAAUGACAUGCAGUUACUGCAGCAGCAAAUGAUGUUCAAGCAGAUGCAAGAUAUUCAGAGGCAGCAGCAACUUCAGCAAUUUGAUGAUGCAAGACAUCAGGGUUCUCAGAAUCAAAUCUCUGCUUUCACGAGACAGUCUAUGGCGAGUCAAUAUCCGUCCUAUAUUAAUGGAACAUCCGUCUCUGAUUCAUCAGAAAUGUUCAUGAACAGGGCACAUCUAGGUGCAUCUUCUGCAGCUCAAGGAGUAUUUAACCAAUUAAUGUUUCCUCAGGAGAAAGGCCAAUCUUUCCAUUCAACAUUGUUGGUUCCUCAGCAGCUUGACGAAACUAAUUAUAGGUCUCCUAUUUCCAGUGCACGGGGUAGCAUUGGUCAAUAUUCUCAGCUCCAGGGCAUGGAUCGUGAUUCUUGCAGUUUGUUGACUAAGGCUAGUGGUCACUGCCUGAAGCCUACUAUGCAGCCUGUAGCCUUCAGCAGCUCCUCUGUUGGUAAUAUAAAUAAUGUUUCCGCAGACCAUUUUGCCUUGUCCCAAAUGGAUAGAGCCAAACAAGGCUUUCAAGGAAAAAAUUUAUUUGAACAAAUUCCAAAUCAUGGUCUGGAUUCUGGAAUCAAAUCAGGUAACAUCCAGCAAAAGAAUUCUCUGCAAACAAAUGUAUCGUUUUCGGAAUUUCAAGGGGGGCAAGAUGGCAAUAGUUGGCUUGGUGCCACACAACAAAAGGUCACACAACUGGAUACUUCUCAGUAUUUUGUUCCCCUGGAUCCGAUUGAACAAAAAAUUUUAUACAAUAUGGAUCAGAAUAUGUGGGACACUUCUUUAGGCAAAUGUACAAAUGUUAGUAAUGGAAAUUUUGAAAAUAACCUAAUGCAUUCAGAUUAUUCAAAGGUAUUUCCUUCUAUUCAGAGUGGGAGCUGGAGUGCUCUCAUGCAGUCAGCUGUAGCUGAGGCUUCUAGUAGUGAUACUGGGAUACAGGAGGAAUGGAGUGGACUGACUUUUCAGAAUACAGAGCUGUCAACUGAAAAUCAGCAUUCAAACAUUGUGGAUAGUAAAAAGGAGCAAUCAGCUUGGUACGAGAACAGCAUGCAUAGUGCAUCUUCCUUAAGUUCAAGGCCAUAUCCAAACUUCAAUGAUUCUAGUAUGAGUUCUAGCUUUCCUGGGUUCCAGCAAUCAGGAAUCCAACCCUCUAUUGAGCAAACGGAUCAUCUUUGCCCGGAAGACCCCCACGAACUAAAUCAAAAUCCUUCUGCAAAAGGUGGUGAGUGGCUAGAUAUUAAGAGUGCACAAAAGCGACUUGGUGACCAGUCACAACAUGUUCAACCACUUGAGCACUUAAACAAGAACUUGACAAGUCAGAUUUAUGAGGAUUCUGAAUAUGACAGACCACCUCAACAGAUAACAACCUCUCAUGAUAAUAUUAAUCAACCACAUGGAAAACCACAAGGUCGAAUCAAUGAAGUCACACACAAUUGGAGGGAUUAUCAUAGUUUUCCCUGCAAGGCUGAUAAUGAUUUUAGGCACUUUGAAAAUAUGAAGCAUGUUAACAUCUCUAUGAACAGCAAGGAAAAUGAUAUCAUGAGAAAAAAGGAUAGUCAGAUAAAUGAUGAUCCUAUUGUUUUACAAAAUUCUUUUGAUAAAGCAGGUGACUCAUUUUUUGAGAAGCUUCAGCAAAAAGACAACUCCCGUGACCAGUACAUUUUAAAACAAUUAAAUUCUCAAGGGCAGGGACAUUUUCAACAGUCAUAUCUUUUUGAUGUUUCUUCCAAUGCUAUGAACUUGGAGAAGGGGCAGUUAACUGGUUUCCAGAGAAAUUUAAAAUCUUCAGAUGGUACUCCUUCUAGGGGCAAUCUGGAUGCAUCUACAAACUUUUGCAAAUCAACCGGCUUAAAUGGCCCAAAUCCAUACAAUCAAACAAGUGAAAAUAUGCAUGGGAAUCUUCAAAAUGUUGAUCAGUCUAAGGAAAAUAGUGCCAUCCCCCACUAUAGCUCUAUUGGCUCUAGUCCCUUGUCCAUGAUGACUGAGGCAGUGUUUCCAAAUCCAUCUGUUUCUAAACAUUACAACCAGUCCGCAUCUCAAGGUUUUACUAUGAGAUUGCUUCAUCCAUCUCAACAGCUAUCAUAUUCCAAUAAGAUCUCUUCAUCUCGAGGUUUACCUCAAUUAUCAAGCAAUCCGGAUACAAGACCAGUAAAUUCUGGGUUUGUGGAGAAAAAUCAGAAUCUGUUAGCUCCCCCAUCUUCUAUUCAGUCUAUGUCUCCUUCAAAUGAGUCAUUGCAAAAUGCACAUUGGGAUGAAAAAUCACAUUGUUUAGGAGAGGCAGAAGCUGCCACUUCACUAUUCCUGCCGCCUCAUUUUGCAACAGAUGAAAAUCAAGGGCAAUUCAGUUCUGGUGCACCUGCAGCACGUUGGUCUCCACAGGCUUCAUUGUCAAGUACCGCUUCUAGAUAUCCACAAUUUGGCCUUGCUUCCUCUCAAGAUACACCUCGACACACCAACAGCAAUAUGGGUGGAAAACAGUAUCCAGUUUUUGAGGCCCAUCCCAUCUCUCCGCCUUUAUCUGUGUCAAGAAUUGGCCAACAAGGUGGGUUGUUGGCAAGGCAGCAAAAUGUAUGGUCAAAUAACACAAGCCAGCAACAUAAUGCAUCUACAGAGGCUAAUAAGAUUGGUGCAUUAAACAAUACUCUUGAGGCAACUUCAUUGGCUCCACAGGGAUCCAAUGAUCAAAAUUCCCAAAAAUGUGGACUCCAACUAUUAGAGUCUGACAUGAUUUCUACGAAUUCACAGGAUUAUGACCAUAAGGAUGAGAUAUUAGAGGAGACGACUAAAUCCGAUGCAUAUAAUUCUUUAAAGGGAGAUGGGGUGACAAGGAAGAUUACUAAUACAAAUGCUUUUCCCUCUGGCUUAUUACUGGUCCAUCCACAUCAGCAAGAUCUUAAUAGAAUGCAAAUUGAGGACAGAAAUGGAUUAACCACCUCUGAAAGAGAUUCUCUAUUUGAUAACUUUUCUAAAUUGCCUCAUGCUGUUGGUCAACAAUACUCGCUACAGAAAGUCAAGCCAUUGAAGAAUGUGGAUACUGAGCCAAAGGGAGUUCAAGAUGCUCAGCAGGUAACUGCUAUGUCAAAAGAGAAUUCAACAAGGGAAAACGCAAAGCAUGGACAGAGUUGUACAUCAGAGCUCAACUCAUUGCCAUCUGAAAAUAGAAAUGUGCUAAACUUGUUGGCAGGAGGAAGAGAAGAUUUUAGAGUAAAAUCUUUGUCCGAGAAUCCACUAAAUACAUGUUCAAGAGGUUUUACUUCUGAUGGCCGAAGUGAAACUCUGAAUGAAUUUAAUCGAAAAAAUAUGGAAGUUAGUAAUGGAGAAAAUUCUCAGAUCAGUCCACAAUCCGUGUCUUCCUGGUUUAAGUUCAGAAAUGGGAUGCCUUCAAUGUACAAUGAGCUAUUCUCAAAGCAUCCUGGUGGACACUUCUCUCUCUUGAAGCCUUCGGAAAAUUCAUGCAAACAGCUAUCUCUGGAUGUAGUAGAUUCCACAGAUGUUAAUUUGAGUGGCAGAGUUUGGUCAACUGCUGCUACAACCAUGGCGGCAACUGACCUUCUGACAGCCACUCAUGGAUUGCCCUCUAUUGCCACUGUCAAAACUGCAGCCAUUGUGAGACCAAAAAAGCGUAAAUUUGACUCAUCUGACCUUCAACCAUGGCAUUUAGAAGCCCAGGGUUUGCAAAGGAUCGUGAAUAUCAGUACUGCGGAAGAAGACUGGGGACAAACCACAAACCGGCUGACAGAAAAAAUGGUAAAUGAAGUUGAGAUGAUUGAAGUUGGAUAUGGGAUGCUUCGAUCAAAGAGAAGGCUUAUCUUGACAACACAGCUGUUGCAGCAGUUAGUUUGUCCUGCACCACCAUCCAUCCUCUCCGCAGAUGCCUCUUCCUUCUAUGAUAGUGCGAUAUACUUCAUCUUAAGAUCAUCAUUAGGGGAUACGUGCAGCCUUAUGUGUGGUAAAAGAGAUGAUCUGUGCGUCUCACUUGAUAACAGAAAUGAAUUGUCCGAGGAACAUGAAACCGUAAAAUGUACUGAUGAUAAGUACAUAGCGGAGUCUGUGGAAAGAUUCUGCACUAGAGCUGAGAAAUUGGAAAAUGAUUUGCAAAGAUUGGACCGGACAGCCUCCAUUGUGGACUUAAUGGUUGAAUGUCAAGAGUUGGAACGAUUUUCUGUCAUUAAUCGUUUUGCAAAGUUUCACAUCCGUCAAGCAGAAAUCUCUGGAAAUCCAUCUUCAAAUGGAUUAGUUACAUUGGUACCAAAAUUAUGUCCCCAAAGAUAUGUCACUGCACACCCAAUCCCUAGCCAUCUUCCUGAGGGUGUACAAUGCCUUUCACUGUAGUAAUUAGUUAAUUGGUCCCUCAUAGUUAAUUCCCUAGUCGCCAUCUACACAUAAACCAUAUCCUGCCCGUUCUUUUUGUCUAUCAUCUCUGCACUGACAUGAUGUGGCACUGUAGAAGAAAAAGAGGCUACAAGAAUAGAUUCAUAUCUUGGAAGCUUUGAUAAUUGAGGCCAUUCGUUUCUUUUUUGAAUCAGGGCCGAACCGUUGUUUAUUUUGAUGAAGUACAUAGUGUUAUCAUGUAUCAUGUAAAGUUUCAUGAAUUUCCCAGGUGAACACAAGUUAUUCUGAAGCGAACUAUUCAGAGAGGAUGAUGUUGGGUAUGGAUAUCGCAUCUCGUUUUGAUACAUAAA